GCCCUUCGAGAAAUUAAUGUAUCAGUCGUGUUUUAAUUUCUGCUUCUGAUGGCACGCGAAUCUUCCGGAAGUUUUGAGAGUAGAAAAUAAUUUUCCAUAGCAAUAUUUUUUGCACAUAAGAGAAGCGAAAAUUGUUGCCUAUAAAUAACUGCGAAUACAAGUAUUUCCACUGUAAAUUGUUAAGAUUUAAUUGAAAGCAGCGGACUAAAGAGCGGCAAAUAAAAAUCUUUUAAGAGUAAAAUAAAUACAAAAACACGUAUUACACAGAAAAGUUCUUGCCAUUUGGUAAUAAAAACAUACGUGUAUAAUGGGAAAAGUGGAUAAAUUGUCAACGGAGAAGCACGAGGGUGAUAUCACCUGUCUGGCCUACCACAAUAAUCAAGUGUUCUCCGGCGGCGCCGAUGGUAAAAUCAAAAUUUGGGAUAAUGAUCUAAAUCUAAUUAAGAGCGUGGACGCACAUGAGACUUACAUAUAUGCCAUGGCAAUAAAUACACGCAACGGUAAACUCUACUCCAGUAGCUGCGAUGGAUGUGUGAAAUUUAUGGCAUCACCCUACGAUAAGACUGAACAGCUUUUCUGUUGUGAGGACGCCAUUCAGGCGAUGUAUUGUGAUGGAGACACCCUGUACACGGGCGAUGAGAAGGGUGUUGUGACAAAUUGGAUAGAUGAUAAAAUCAAAUUUAAAUAUAAUCUUGUUGAAGAGGUAAAAUCAUUGGCCGCUGAAAAAUCUCUUAUUUAUACUGUGCGUGAUUUGGAUGUGGUUAUAUCGGAAAUGAGCGCUGGUAAAUCGGGUAAAUAUAGCAAUAAAGCAGUGCUUCCGGGUAAAUCGCCAAUGACUUUAGUCGGACCUGUAUUGGAUGGUAAACGAACAUUCCUCACAUAUGCUGAUCGUACCGGUAAAGGUUUGACGUUUGCGAAGAAUUUGCCGCUACAAAAGUUCGAGAUUGUGUGGAAUUUACAGGACUGCCAUGAGCUGAUCAUUCAAGCGAUUUGCGGUGACGAGAAAAAUCUUUAUAGCGGUGGCUACGACAACAAAGUCAAAGGCUGGACAAAUUUCGAUCAGGCAAAACCAACACCCCUAGGUGAAGUAGAGGUCGGAAGUUGUGUGAAUGCAAUCGUUUGUGGCGCAAAUAAUUGGGUUUAUAUUGGUACAUCAGAUGGCAUUGUACGAAGAGCAAUAUUUGUUUGAAACCGACCAUGUGCCUUUCUUUUACAUACAACUGUAUUUACUAUUAAAUUACCUAUAUGUUUAUUGAAUAUUGUAACAACUCUUUGUCUAAAAUAAAGUUUUAAAUUUUUAUUUUUAUGCCAUAAAAACUGUGGUUCGUUGUAUGGAAAAUAAUAUAUAGAAAUCCCGGACAAAUGAAGGUAUAUUAAAUAUCCACCAAUUUGCAUUCAAAAUUUUUUGAGAUUCUUUUUUGCGCUGAUUACGAAUCCGUAAGUAUAAAGUAUCCAUC